AUGGGUAAAGGAGCACUCAAGUACGGGGGCAAGUCUGGUCUUCUUCCAAAACCAAAGGAGAUUUUCAAGAAGCCAUACAAGCAUCAAGUUUACAAGAAACCAGCUGAUUCCGGAUAUGCAGAAGGGAUUCUACAUCCAAAAAACAUUUCCAGAGAUUAUAUAAUUCCCAAAGUUGUCACACCCGAACAAUUGUUGAGGAAAAGUGCUGCUGAGCCUGUGAAGAAAUACACUGAGGAGGAGAUUGCCAAGAUGCCUGAGGCACAACAAUUCAAAAUCAGAAAUGCCGAAAUGAGAAGAAAGUAUCUCAAGGAAUCCUACGAAACGGAGAUCCAACGGUUAGAGAGAGUGGAAAAAUACAAACAACAGCUGCAGGAAGAGCAAGAGAAAAUUGCUGCGGAGGCUGCACAGCAUAAAGAAUCACAAGCUGAGAUUUUCACCACACCUACUAUCGAAAGCUACCUUGAAGGACCAUUGGUUAGAGAGAGAACCGAGGAGGAAAAGGAGGCAUUAAAGUUGAAGAGAGAGUCAAACCGUUUACAGACAGAGCUGAAUGCCAAGACCGCAAGGGCUGCCAGCUUAUUUGAGCUGUAUAAUGCAUCAUCUCAAUUUGCUAUAACUGAGGAUAAGCUAGAGAAGAUGGUUGAAGAUGCAUUCAAUAGUGAAUCCGACAAACAUUGGAACAACAUUGCUGCAAAAACAUCUCGUAGAAUAAGUGGAAUGAAGACCGACGUUGGUUUUGAUCGGGCCAUUGUGGAUGUUGUCCUGGAUAACGUCAAUAGGGGACCUGGUUUUGAUGCUGUUCAAGAUUACUUGGAUGGCUUUACCGAUGAUAUCAAGGAUCUAGCGGACCAGAUCAAGGAGGAGAGAGACCAGAAGGAUCUACAGCAGUACAACGAAAAUAUUGAGAAGUUGAAUGAAAUCGACCGUAAACAAGUUUGA